UGGCUUGUUUAUCCAGUUUAUUACAUAACAGCUGACUUCCUGGUUAAUGGAGGAUGAAGAAACACCGGGGGUGCCAAAAUGACUCUGGGAGUUCGACGGUUCCAUUGGUACCAUUUUGACUGACAUGGUGGAAAGAAAUGCAACCUUGUCCAGAUCGUUACAAAAAACUCACGUCCCUGUUCAGAUGUCUUCAGAUGAAGAGGCCAGCGUCCCUGUGUUGCCGACGGAAUCAACAUAUCGUAGCAACUCUGCCUGCACUGAGCUUCAUGAUGAAUAUGAGGAGCUCCUCCAAAGUGCAGUGGCUUCGCCAAGAUUUGAGGCUGCUGCUGUUGCUGGCCUGGUGGGGAGAGAUGUCUCACGUGUGUCUUCAGAGGAUCACAAUUCACAGAUAAAUUUACGAGUAGCAGAGAAGACCAGGAAGACUACCGCCAGAGGUUUGGGAAGCUCAGACAGGUUACAGGAUGCAUCUGAGAGUGCGCAGCCAAAUGACCAAGGGUUCACUGGGUACACAGAAGUGGAGCUUUUCAUCUCAGACGAGAAUAUUAGCAAAAUGGAGAACAUUCUAGAUACGUGGACCCAAAAAUUGAAGACCAAUGUGCUGAGGGAGCUGAGGAAGUGGAGGGUGGCCUUCGUAGAUCAACACAGGCGAGAGAUGCAGAGGGAGAGGGAGAUUCAUUUAGGCCAGAAUGAGGGCUUGAAGACUGAGCUGGACAGCCUGAAGGAACUGCUCCACACGUAUGAGACUUCCAACAAGAGAAAGGAUGAGAUGAUUAGAAAUCUGAGUGUGGUGUUGAGCAGACAAAAACAGAAGCUUGAAAAGAUGAGAGCCUUCACCCAGUGGAGACUUCAGUACAGCGAGGCCAAAGAGGAGGCCCACGCUACCCAGAUAGCGCGGCAACACUUCCAUUUGCGUCUGAAAAGGAAGGUGGUGUUGGCAUGGCACUCCCUCACCCAGAAAGAGUGGAAGGAAAGGACGGAGCAGGCAUGCCGCGCAAAGGCUGAGGAGGUGUGCACCAUCCUCUCGGAAAAUUACGAGGCGCAGAUUCAGACGUUAAUUUCAGAACACAACGAGGCUCUCGAGAAGUCACAAGCCGAGAUUGAGAGACUGCAACUUGAGCGAGAACGCCGAGAAGUGUGUAUGAGGAAAGCCCUGAUGAGGGGCGUGUGUGCUCUCAACAUGGAGACACUCCACUUGUUUAAUCCCACAGACGAAGAGCCCCAAGACCCGGGUGAAUAUGACCCCAACUCACCUCCUGAUGAUGAUCCUGAUGGUUCUGAAUUGGCUCAGGUCCAGCCACGUCCUGCCCACAGCGCGGCACAUUUUGACCGCGCAAGAUCUCCUCCCCACCAUGAAGACAGCGGCAACAGGAUGGGUUUUGGAGCGCCAAGGUCUCACACUGAAUUUCCACCUGCCACUUCAACUGCACACACUGCAGCCGGGCACACUGCAGCCAAGGUUGCUGCAAGUAGGCACCCUGCACCCCGGCAUACUUCAGCUGGCCAGUCCGCACCCGGGCACGCCGAACCCGGACACGCCGUACCCGGGCACACCGCACCAGGGCAUGCCGCACCCGGGCACUCUGCACCCGGGCACACUGCACCGGGGCAUGCCGCACCCGGGCACUCUGCACCCGGGUACACUGCGUCCGGGCAAGCUGCACCCGGGCACGCUGCAUCAGGGUACUCUGCACCUGGGCACGCUGGAUCUGGGCACGCUGCAUCCGGGUACUCUGCACCCGGGCACGCUGCACCCGGGCACACUGCGCCCGGGCACCCUGGAUCUGGGCACUCUGCAUCCGGGUACUCUGCAUCAGGGUACGCUGCACCCGGGCACGCUGCACCCGGGCACGCUGCAUCAGGGUACGCUGCACCCGGGCACGCUGGAUCCGGGCACUCUGCAUCCGGGCACGCUGCACCCGGGCACACUGCGCCCGGGCACGCUGGAUCUGGGCACGCUGCACCCGGGCACGCUGGAUCCGGGUACUCUGCAACCGGGCACGCGGCAUCAGGGUACGCUGCACCCGGACACAGCUUAUUCCCACACGGGGCAGGUCCUGGCUUCCACAAACAGGCCAGUGGGGGUGUGGUGAUAGCCAGCCAACAAAAACCUACCAAAAGUUUGACAGCUCGCAGCUCCACGCACCAUGUUGGCAAGAGUAUACGCGGCAAUCUAGACUCUGUGAGUGUGGCUGCACCUAUGAGCUCCACUGCUGUAGACUACCAUCAUCCUAUGACGCAGCAAACUCUUGGUCAGGCAACCGCCUCCAAAUUUCCUCGCUCCUCUCAACAGGCUCCCUGCGCCACCGGAGGCUGGCCUUCGUCCAGAAUGCACACCAGCGCCUACUCCCCACCACCUUGGGAUGAGCCUGGCUCGGCAACAUUGGCUCAAGGUCCUGUUGGUAGCCCGGUUCACUUUGACCACCCAGAGUCUCCUGACCCCCAUGAAGACGACAGCGGGAUGGGCGUGUGGUACACAGGCGAAGUCCUCCCUGCCACUUCAGCAGCUCACAGUUCAGUUCCACAAGGGGGCAGCACUGGUUUCCACAAACAGGUCUCUGGGCGUACGGUCACAGCUGGCCAACAGAAACCGGUGAAAACUAUCACGGCUCGCAUCACGGCCCAACCUUUUGCUGGUAAGACUGUACGCAGCAACCUCCAGGUGAUGGGUAUGACUCCGCCCAUGACCUCCAUUGUCGUAGAACGCCAUAAACCAAUUGCGCAGCACACGAUCGGUCAUCCUUUUGCUACCAAAUCUGUUCGCGCCUCCCAACGGGGUCCCCGCACACCCACUGUUGUGAAGACUUCCUCUAGAACAAACGCUUGUAAUGUACAAUCUAUCAAAGUAGUCGACUAAUGACACCCACACAGAGCCCUCACUCACACACCCCCCAACGAUCAUUGACUAGAUGAAGUUUUAACUACUAUGCAACAACUGUGAUUCUUACUGUGCUUUACAAGUUUUUAUUUAGGGGCAAAGGGAAAUUGAUCAAUUAUUCCUCGGAACCUCACUGACGUUUGUGGUUGGAUCCACACAUGUAAGAUAUUUUAAAGGUGCAGUUUUCAAGAUGGAAUUUAUUGAACUUAAUGUUUACUUGAAUAUUCAGGAACAGGUGCAUGUAUAAAGACAUAUUGUUGUACUUUUUAGUGUGUCAUUGAACAUCAAACCAAAGCCCUCUUGUUUGUAUAUGACCUGAUGCUUUCUUUUUACAUAAUAAAUUAUUUUAGCGCUA